AUGCGUCAGUCGUUUGGAAUUGUCCUUGACGACGGAAUAAUGGCAAUAAAAAGUGUUCUCGUUUCCGUAGAUCAUACAUUCCGUGAAAUAAACCCGUGGAAGUUAGUUAUAGGAACUGCUGUUAGUGUCAUUCUUUUGCAGCGUAUCCAACGUAUAUGGCGUGCAUCGGAGCAACCAAUACAUUUACGGCUCCUGGGCAAAGUGUUUUCUGUAAUUUGUUCAUUACCUUCCAUACGAAAAAGAUUUGAAAAAGAGCUGGGUUGCACUCAGCAGAAAUUUUUUCGCGAAAUUCAUAAGUGUGAUAAUACUGGUCUCUUCUUUUUUAUGCUUCCCGAAAGUGGCAUGGAUAGUGUAGAAAUUAUUAGUAUAGCAGAACAGUAUGACGCAAUGACAGAGCUAAAUGUAUUAUCCGGUAAAGUGAGUGGUGCCGUGUACACUGACCAAAACAGUAAGCAAAGCGACCUACUUUCGAAAAUUUUUGACAUUUAUGCAUAUGCAAAUCCACUUCAUCCAGAUAUCUUUGCCGGAUGUCGGAAAAUGGAAGCUGAGAUUGUUCAUAUUGUUGGAAAUUUAUUUCAUGGAGGAUCGAAUUGUCGUGGAACGGUAACAUCUGGUGGAACUGAGUCAAUUUUAUUGGCAAUGCUUUCUUACCGUAAUUAUGCAAGUGUUAAGGGUAUAUCGGAACCAGAGAUAUUAGUUCCGAUCACUGCACAUGCAGCAUUCGACAAGGCAGCUCAUUUGUUUCGUAUGCGGAUACGACAUAUACCUGUUGGAAAUAAUCAAAAAGUAGAUAUAGAUAAAAUGAAACAGGCUAUAUCUAGUGACACAUGUGUCCUGGUUGGGUCAGCACCAAACUUUCCAACUGGUACAAUGGAUGACAUUGAACAAAUUGCACAACUUGGGCAAAAGUAUAAUAUUCCUGUACAUGUUGAUGCAUGUCUAGGUGGCUUCUUAAUAGUUUUUAUGGAAGAAUGUGGCUAUCCGUUAAUGCCGUUUGAUUUUCGUCUGUCUGGUGUUACAUCAAUUUCAUGUGAUACCCACAAGUAUGGAUAUGCUCCAAAAGGAUCCUCAGUAAUACUUUAUCGGGAAGGAAAGUAUUUGCAUCAUCAAUAUAUGUGUUUUCCAGAGUGGACUGGAGGUAUAUAUGCUACACCCACUUUUGCAGGAAGUCGUUCUGGUUUAGCAGUAUCGUUAGCUUGGGCUACUUUACUUUCUUUUGGACGUUCUGGUUAUGUGCAGCGAACAAGGGAAAUUAUUAAAUGUGCUCGCCGAAUUAGUUCUGCCAUCAUGAAUGACAUUGAUGGUCUUCGUCUUCUCGGUUCACCUGAUAUAUCCAUUGUAGCGUUUACUAGUGAUGUUUUCAAUAUUUACGCCCUUGUGGAUGAUAUGUCUGCUCUUGGCUGGAACUUGAAUUCUAUCCAAAAUCCUGCUGGAGCACAUAUUUGUGUUACCUAUAAUACAGUACUUGCUAAUGCAUGGCGAACAUUCAUAGAUGAUUUACGAAAAGUUGCUUUUGCUUUGAUGAAUGAUCCAGAUAGAGAAAAAUAUUCCAAUAUGGCUGCUAUAUAUGGUCUCACAGCAAAUAUUCCGGAUAAACAGCUUAUCAGCAACUUAGCUUAUUGCUACCUAGAUGCGUGUUACACUGCUCCAUCGCUGGAAGCACCAAAAUGUUGA